AUGACAGAUGAAACAGUACCACCAAAUAAUAUUCGAUCGGAUUUGGUUGAUAUAGCAAUUAGUUUUUUAAAGAAUCCAAAAGUUGCUCAUGAACCAAUGGAUAAAAAACGUGAUUUUUUACAAAAGAAAGGACUUACUGAUAAUGAAAUUGAUUAUGCAUUUAAAAUCAUACCACAACCACAAGAAACGCCUAAAGAAAUUGUUCCUAGUCAUCAACCAUCAUUUCUUCGUCGAAUCUUAUCUGAUUUAAUCUUAGCAGGAAUUCUCGGAUAUGCAUUAAAAAUUAUUAAACGUUGGUUUCAAUCAAAACAAUCAAUAAAAACUAAUGAAUUAAAUGAAACAAUAAAAAAUCUUCAAAAAACAGUACAAGAUAUGCAAACAAGUAUUAAUAAACUUGAACAAACAGCUGAUCAAUUUUAUUCAGCUACAAAUUCAUCAACUAUCUAUGGGUUAUCACCAUUAGAAGAAAUUAAACGUGAAAUUCAAACAUUGAAAAGUCUAUAUUUAAGUCGUUCUCAAUUUCCACCAAUUCCACAAGUACCUCCAAAAAUUCCAUCAUGGCAAUUAGAUGCCGCAGAAAAAUUGAAAGCUCGUGCAUCACCUGUUAUUGAUGAAACAACUACUAAAAAAACGAAUGAUGAUACUAAAGAAGAUGGUGAUAGUAUUGUUUUAGUUUCUGAAAAUGACAAAAAAAGUGAUGAUGGAAGUCGUUUAUCAUUAAGUCCAUCAUCAGAAUCAUCAAAUGAUGCAUAA